AUGCAAUCCGGGAUAGUAGACUUCGUCAUCGGUAAGAGCCGAAGACGGUUCUCAGUACAUGCAGCAUUAGCCAGCUCAUUCCCAAAGGAGAUACUUCAGCCUCCCCUAAAUGGGCAAGUGGAUGAGAUCGUCUUUGGUCGUUGCUGUGAGUUUGUAUAUUCUGGUGAUUACUCCGUUCUGUUGCCGACUGCCGAUUGGUAUGGGGACGAUGACGACGAGCCCAGCGACAGCCAGCCACCGUGUCAGGAACCCGCCAGACGAUGGAAUCCUUUGAACCACCAAGAAAAUAUGUUCCAUCCCUCGAAACUACCUGAUAUAUGUGCUUUUAUCAAGAAGAACCUUGACAAAGAGCCCUUGGAUGAAGAUGGAGAAAUCCCAAACACCGAUCCAGCAGAUAAUUAUGUGGGCGUUUUUCUAAGCCACGCGGAAGUGUAUCGUCUCGCCGUCACAACGCACUGGGUUCCGCUUUGGUCUCUGUCGCUCUAUCGGCUUAUUCGCUCGCUGGCCAGCUUUACGCUCUGUGAAGAACGAACUGGAGAUAUCGUCGAGCUGCUGAAGUUUGUAUUUGAGGAGAAUGAAUACAAGUACGAACUGAAAGUUGUAUUGGUAGAUUAUGCAGCGUGGAACGUGGAAAUACUUAUGCGGGACACUGACUUUCGACAACUGCUCGAACGAGUGCCUUCCUUGGAAUAG